AUGGCGCCUGGUACUUCGCACUUCGGCAGCAGGCCUGCCUGCAACGAAAAAGUGGAGGUAUGGGUCAGGCAGAGACACUUGGAGGCGCACAAGCAAAAGGUCGCAAGGUCUCGAUCUUUGAUCAACAAUCAGUGGUCUGUGCGCGAAGAAACAAAGCUGCAGCCCACGCGGUUCCGCAACGCCAAGAAGGAGCAGAUGGCUGAGGAGCGCUACUCAAGCAUCGAAAGGGAGAACCGCCGCUUGCUCACCCGGAUGCAGGAGAUCGAGCGCAAGGGCUCGCAGAAAGCCGUUGCAAGCCUGGUCCUAGGUGCAACUGGUUCAACCGCAACCUUGCGACGUGCCGCUGCACUGAUCCCUCUUAUUUGCCUGCUCGUGAUCGUUCACGAUGUGGCGAGCGACUGGAUUUCUGCAUUUAUUGGCGUCCAGGCAAUGAAACGUAGUCGCGAUGUGCGGGUAUCGGCACAGUCCGCGGAGCUGGCGGCAAGGUCCCGAUACGUCCCCGGCCGGCGUUUGGCAGGCAAGCGCCAGGACACCAGACCACCUUAUGUACCGGAGGCGAACAAUCGCCGCAAGAUUGCGUGGCUACUCAUCCUGUCAGGCCUUGCUGGCUACCAGGCAGGCAACAGCUUCUUGGACGAGCGCUACGAAGCCAAUUCUGCGCCGGAGUUUGUGUAUUCCUCACCUGUCAUUGAGAAAGGAUGCGUCCUGAUGGCGCGGCCGGGUGACACAUUUAUCGAUCACCAGCAAUAUUUCCACAAGUCAGCAAUUCUCAUUCUCAAGCACGGCGGGGAGUUCGAUAAAGGCAUCAUCAUUAACCGCCCUUCGGGGUUCAACACUCGCCAGCUUGGAAUGCCUGGCCCGCCAUGGAACAUUUGGUUUGGCGGCGACUGCGAGGGCCUUCGUGCACCCCACUACACCCAAGUCAGAACUUUCUGUCUGCACGUGUCAGAAGAGUUUGCAGAGGUUUCGACGGAGGUUGAAAGGGGCGUGUAUUUGAUCCGUUUCGAUGCUGCGCAAGAUCUGGUGGGCCAGGGGCGUGCCACAACAGACGACUUCAUGCUGUUCUUUGGCUACUGCGGCUGGGGACGCAAUCAGCUCCAAAGAGAACUGGAUGCUGGAGUGUGGAAAAUGGCUAGCGUCGACAGCCACAUCAUCGUUCGGGAGCUUCGGGAAGAAACCAAAGAGCUGAGAGCCUUGCCGGAGGUUGGACUGGACGAUGGUAUUGGGCUCUGGCGCCAUUUGUAUUCGCGCAUUGAUGCGGGCAUGCCACAGAAGGAUCCCCGAGAAAUGAACAUGAUGGGCAUUGAUGCGGUGGAGGGCGAUGCAUUCGCAGACGCCAUGCUCCGGCAAUGGCUUAUUCAGAACUUAACCCCGCCGUGA